UCUUUAGUUGCGGGUUCUGCGCGGAGUUAGAGAAGGACAGUGCAUGUACACAGUGUAAGAGGUGGGAAAAGCUCCCUGAGGCUGCUGUGAGGCUUUGUCGAAGUUGGACAUCUCUGUCACAAAAAAGUUCUGAACCGUUGAGGAGAGUCCCAAUGGGCGGGGAAAAAAAAAAACCUCAAAACAAACAAAACAACAACAUAAAAAGCAAAGCUAUGUAUUAGCACGUUAGUAAAUUCAAUUAUUUGGCAAUUUUUUUUUUUUCAUGUAACGUAGUUUAUUAAAUUUUGCAAAGGAAAUCUAAUUCAGCCCAUGCUCAGAAUGGAGCACCAGCCCCUGCUCAGAGGGUCUAGCUCGCCCUGCAAGGUAAGCAGAACCAUCCUGGCCUCCGAAGGUGGAUCCUGCAGGGAGUUUGUACUUUUAGCAAUGAUGUACAGCUGUGAAAUGUGUGGGUAUUUCAUGCUAACUUUUAAAUAGAAAUAUAUUAAGUGAUUAGACUCAUAAAGUUUUGUGUUUUCCUUGGACACCUGGCUGUGUUAAAACGUGGAAGUUAUAAAAGCAGCUUUCUGAGUCUCGUGUUUUACAUGGAAUAUGUAUUGAAUUUUGUUUGUGUCAUGUUUUUGAGAUGAGGUGAACGCCCUUAUAAACUGUCAGGAGUUCAGUAGCUGACAGAACACGAGGCUGUUAUCCAUGUUCUCUCCAAACUCCAAUGUGAGAUAGCAUGCCAGUGUCACGAGCCCAGAUGAUUUGAGCAGGAAGAACAAAAGAUCUGUCAUAACAAAACCUAAGUUAUAUGAUGUAUGUUCAUUAUUUUGGGUUGUUUGUUUCUCUUCUGUCCCUUCUAGAUUCCAGGUUGUACCCAUAAGACACACAAAAUAGCUUUACAGUACUUUGUUAAUAUAAGGGUCUGAGUGUGCAGUGCCAGUAUUUACCACAUCAAGUUUUACUUUUUCCUGACAUACUCACUGCAACCCUUAUUACUCUUGAUUCAUUGCUUUGGUUGAAAUUCAGAGAAACACUUUUUAUUCUUGGAAACCAUAAGGAAAUGUUAAUAGGAUUUUACUUUAAUAUGAUCAAUUUCAACUUGCAAAUUUCAGUCCUGAACGAAGGAAGUUUUGAUGAAUUAUCUUUAGGAAGGACACAGCUCUUUCAGAAUACAGUACAGUCUCUGGAAUAAAUCAGCAUUUCUGGAAACUGGACCAGGAAUGAGAAUGAUGAAGAAUUAGUCUACAUACCUUACAAUGAGAAACUCAGGGAGUACCAGUUUAUUAAAAGAAAUAUGUACAGCCUUUAUAUAUGAAGGAUAGAGAAAUUAGAUCACUAAUCAGAUCAGAGGUGCCUUUAAUAUAGAAGACCUUGUUGUGUCGAGCAGAAGUUAGUCAGUAAGAUACUAUGAGAUGAAAUUAGGACCUAAUUUAAAAUGAAAGGCUUGCUAGCAUUUGAACUGGUUGUUAUUUUUAGUAUGAUCAUAUUCAGUAAAAAGUAAACUCAGUGAGCACUGCAUGAGAAUAUCAAACACUGUACAAAUCUCUGGUGAUCUCUGGCCAUGGGGCCUCAUCCAAAGUAUUUUUUAUGACCAGUUACAUUCUUGAGAUUUGAAUGCAUCACAGUCCUAGUUUUGUUGACCUUAAAACCUGUGAAUCUGUGAUUCUAUGAAUUUUAGUUUGUAAAUACUAAUUUGAGAAUAUAACUAGGUCAGAGAUAUUGAAAAAUUAAAAAAAUACAUGCCAAUAUGCCAAUAAACUUUAAAUUUAAUAUUAUUGCCAGUGAACAAAUUAUUAAGGCUUUGCAGCUACCAACUUGCAGACAUCAAGUAAUCAUUUUAGGGACUUAAAAUAUUGUUUAAAUGAAAAUAAAAUAAUGUUACUUCUCACAUCUUGGUUAAAAUGUGACUCACAGAAAUUGAGCUUUGGUUAAUUCUUAUAGCAAGUCGUUGUUUCUCUAAACACCAAGCAUAAACUGUCCUAGCAUUCUUUCAUUAAAAACAGACACUGUGAGCAGUGUGGCUUAUGCAAAAAGCAUUUACUCAGUUUCUAAUAACAGCUGUAACGGUUUUGUUGCCUACACUUAAUCUGGAGACCUGUAGUUGUGGUAUUUCUAAGGACUGUUAAUGAUCAGGGCCACAGCCAGCCUGAAAUGCUUCUGCUGCAAGUGUUCCGGAGUUCAGGCGUUUUUUUUAAACAAAUACUUUUACUGCUCCAAACUAAAUAAAUGAUGUAUUUCACCAUAAUUUUCUUUUAGGUAUUACAUGUUUGUGGGCUCAAGGUCCUAUCUCUUUUCAUGCCAAUGACUUUCUUUUGUUCCCCAGCUCCCCAGCUGGACGUUGUUCCUGGCUGUUUGUGCUGUUGGAAUUGGAGGGACCUUUCAGUAUGGGUAUAAUGUCUCUAUUAUCAAUGCACCCACACAGGUAAAAGCUCAUCUUUUGUUCAUUGGACUGUCUCCUCUCUGAACUCAGCCAAGAGGCCAAACAUGUUCUUGCUGUGAUCGCGGUGGGAACUGAAGCAGUCUUCCUCCCAUAUGAAGGAAUCUUGUUAAUUUCCCACAUGGUUUCAUGUGCAUUUGUUUGUGAGUACCUCUCAGCAGAGAUAUUCUGUGUCAGACAAAAGUGCCAAAUAGGCCAAAAAUACCUUUAUUAUUAGAAGGAUUAACUGAAUAAGUAACAUAUUUUUCAGUUACUAAGGGUAACACUAACAGUAGAAUAGACCAGAACAUUUUCAGUUGGAAGGGACCUACAAUGACCAUCUAGUCCAACUACCUGAUCACUUCAGGGCUGACCAAAAGUUAAAGCAUGUUACUAACAGCAUUGUCAAAAUGCCCUUGGGAGCAUUGACCACUUGUCUAGGAAGCCUGUUCUUCUGUUUGACCACCCUUUCUGUAGGAUAUCACAACUGUUUCUCCAAAGGUCAAGUUUAAACCUCCCAUGAUAGCUUUGAGCCAUUCCCAUUCUUUCUAUCACUGGGUAACAGGGAAGAAGGGAUAGUUACUAUUUGCAGGUAUCCAUCACAAGGCAGAUUACUGAAAAAUAUUUUAGGGAAUUAAACUGUUGCAUCUGUAGUGACUGAGUAACUUGUAUGUGUUUUCACUUGUUACUUGAGUGUUCUUUGCUGUGGCCCCCAGGAUUCUGCAUAUUUUGUGGAUGACUCAAAGAGCUGAGCAAAUGGUCUUGUGAAAGUGAUGGGUAUCAGUUUUUGCUACCAGCUGAUUUAUUUUCUUGGGAAAUUGUGAAGACUGAAUUUGCUUCAAUGUUGUAUGCUUUUUACAAAGUUUAAAAGAAGCUGUUUGUGAAAGAACAUGUCAGAGGGAGAGUCCAAGAAAUUUGUCCUUCUGUAGUCUUUGUUUGCAGGCGAAGAACAGGAGCUUCUGAUUACAGAUACAUGCCAGUUCAAGAGUUUCUAAAGUCAAAUAUUAGAAAACCAAACAUGUGGAAUAACAGCUUAAAAGUUCUGACACAUGAAUACUGUAAGAAAGCAUAUACACAAGUUCUUAAACGAAACCUGGAGUAGUCGUUAUCACAAGGAACUAAAUCCAGAUUUGCUGACUUUUCUUUGGUCUGUCAUUGCUUCUAUCUUUUCCCUUGGAGGCCUGUGUGGAGCCCUGAUUGGAGGCAGCAUGGCGAUACGGCUGGGCAGGAAAGGAGCUCUUUUGAUGAAUAAUGUUAUAGCAAUUCUAGCCUCCAUUUUAAUGGGAAUCAGUUUCCCUACAGGAUUGUUUGAGUUACUGAUUGCUGGAAGGUUUUUGAUUGGCAUAAAUUCAGGUAUUGGGCUCUGUGUGCAGCCUCUUUAUAUUGGGGAGUUUGCCCCAAAACACUUAAGAGGUGGCUUGGCCAUGGGGACUUCCAUCUUUCUGACUGGGGGAAUUCUGACAGGUCAAAUAAUUGGUUUGAGAGAAUUAUUAGGUGGAGAAAAGCAUUGGCCUCUGUUGCUAUCCAGCAGCUGUAUUCCAGCAUUAGCCCAACUUUUAUUCCUUCCAUGGUUUCCUGAAAGUCCCAGAUAUCUUCUUAUUGACAGAGGUGAUGAGCUGAGCUGUGCCAAAGCUUUGAAACGAUUUCAUGGCUCCUCAGAGUAUCGAAGAGAGAUGGAAGAUAUCCAGCGGGAAUGCUUUGCCUUAGAUGGGGAGAAACCCAAGAAGCCCUGGCAAUUAUUCACUGACCGUGGUGUGAGGUGGCAGCUCAUCACUGUCAUUGUGAUGACAAUGGGCCAACAGCUCAGUGGCAUUAAUGCUAUUUAUUUCUACGCAACUUACGUUUUUGAACAAGCUGGGAUCUUGACAGAAAAAAUCCCGUAUGUGACACUGGGCACUGGAGUUUGUGAGUGUGUCACAGCCCUCUCCUGUGGUUUGCUGAUAGACUAUGUGGGAAGAAGAUACCUUAUCAUUGGGGGUUAUCUCCUCAUGACGCUCUGGUGCACUGUUCUGACCUUCUCUCUGACUUAUCAGGAGCUGUACUCCUGGGUGCCUUACAUGAGCAUGACGUGUGUAUUUGCCUUCAUCUUGAGCUUUGGGCUGGGCCCAGGUGGCAUAACAAACACCCUGACAGCUGAGUUAUUUGUACAGUCCUCACGUCCUGCUGCCUACAUGAUUGCAGGGACUGUGAGUUGGAUUAGUUUCUUCACAGUUGGGAUGCUCUUUCCCUUCAUAGUGAAUGGACUGAAGCAGUAUUGUUUUGUGGUGUUCUUACUGGAGUGCUUCUUUGUUGCUGCUUUCAUCUUUCUCAUAAUUCCUGAGACAAAAAACAAAUCUUUUCUGGAGAUCAAAAAGGAAUUUCACAAACUCAAUUAUGGAAGAAAUGCCAGGAAAAAGGAAACGGAGCUUUAUGAAAGAAGACAACUUCAAGAUGAAUUUUUAAAGAUUUCUGCAUAGUUUCACAAAUGCAACAGAACUUCAGUGAGAAUUAUGAACAUAGUCAUCUAAAUUAGGAGUGUAAUACAUGAUCAAGUGGCUUAUUAAAUCUUCCUGUGUAUUUAGAGGAAGUGUAACUAAAGGCAAGUUAGUAUUGCUGAAAUACUGUUAACAAUAUACUGUGUUAUCCACAGAGAACUUGAUGUUUAGCUGUAACCUGGUGCUGUACAGAUGCUGAAAUGCCAGGGAGGAUGUUCAGUGAGCCUUUCUGGCAGAUUUCUGCAGAUAAUUCAGACUCCAAAGCUCUGUCUUCAGUUUGGAUCAUUUGGUGCAUACAAAUGCUUUGCUGAGUGUAACAUUCUGAGUUCUUGUUAAAACCUACACGAGAACUGAGAACUGAUAUUUGAAAUAUCCCAGUUUAUGCAGGAAGGGGGGUAUUUAGUUUCUGUUUUUCCAAUUAUGUAAUCUGGAAAGCCUUAAAGACAUCCCUCAUCCAGUUCUAUUACUGUACUGUACAAUGCAAAUACAGCACCUCUCUGAGUUACUGGUAUUUGUAAUAAAGACUUGUAUCCUGAUAGAAGAA